AUGAAAAACGCAAAUGGAAAUACACGUUCACUUACGUGCAAGGAGAAUGUAGAAGAAAAGAAAAAAUGGCUAAGUACAAUUAAGGGAGACGACACAAUCCACUUCAAAAAAGGGGUAGACAGCAAGAACUUGAAAAAUAUAGCCUUGUCAUUUUUUAAAGAAAAAAAUAUCUACAAUGAGGAAAAUGUGGCGAUCUUAAAUGCCUUCUGUAAGGAAAAAUUAGACGAUCAUCUCGUAAAUGAGGAAAUUGUUGAAUUCCUACAGAAGGCGUUUUUCCUGUAUGAAUAUUUUAUUAAAGAAAAAAAAAAGAACAAAAUUAGCAAAAAGGAAUUUAUUGAAAAUGUGUGUGAGUGUUGCAGAAGAAUAUUUUUAAAAAAUAUUAUAAAAAAUGAAAAAGAAAUUUUAGAUUUUUUGCUAAAAAAUUUAAUCAACUUUAUUAACCAACAUUCCUUCUUUUCUAUAUAUCAGUCUCUAUACAACAUCUCACAAUAUCAAAAUAAAAAUUUCAGAAGGGCUAACGAAUAUGCAGAGGGAAAGUUCCAGUUGCUUCUUAACGUUGUGAGGAGGGAAGUGAAGGGGGGAAGUUUACUUGUUAAUGAUAACAGAUUCAAUUUGGAAGCACUUUAUCUGCCAGAUGAGAAUGACGAGAAGGAGAUGAGGGAAUACUAUGCCAAAAUAGUGACCAGUGAACAACAAGGGGGAAAGGGGACCACGAAGGGAAGCAGCAAGGAGGAAGAGACGAUCACGAAAAAAGGCGGAAAAGAGAGAAAAAAAGGCGCAAUAUUAAAAAGCAUAGGCAACCGUGAUGUUGGUAACCAGGCUGGAGAGACGUGGACACCAGAAGCGAUCGCAGAAAUGGAAUACCUAGACAAAGAAUUGAGUUGCUUCUACCUGUUCCUGUAUUUCCAAUCUUGCUUCGAAAACAUCAAUUUUUACUUAAUAGAAAAAUUUAUCGAAAAUUACUACAUUAGCCAAGGCAAGGAGAACAUCUACAAGGAGCUAUUUUUGUUUUUGUUUUUAAUUUACAAAGAUAAGAUGCACAGCGUUGUGGAUGGUAUUUUGAUCAACACGAUAAAUUAUUUAAGCAAAGCAAAUGAUACAGAAGUGAGAAAAAAAAAAAAACUAUUAAAUGAGGAAGGGGAGGUGAUGGACCAAAAAGUACACCUUACAGAUUAUUUGUUCUACUUCGAACUGCUUAUAAAUAUUAUCACGUUCAAAAAUCUGCAGUAUAAAAAUAAUUACGAAUAUUACAUACACAUGCUGAAAUUACUUUACGAAAAUGACCAGUUGCAGGAAUUAUUCACAUCAUCACUGUUUUUCGUUUUUAUUAGUACCGAUGAAGGCGCUGUGAGAAAUGUGCUGCUAGCCAAUUUUUCAAAAUACCAUUCUAGAAAGCAUGAACAUUUCUCGAAAUUUUAUAUUCACCUGAAAAAUGUGUUUCGUUUUAUAUACGAUAUUGAUAGCGACCACUUAGUUUACAACCACACUACAUUUAACGGUGCACCUAUUUCCCCUUUUUUGCACCCCCCAGAAAGUGAGGAAAAGAAUCAGGGGGAUUACACCACUGGUGUGAGAGUGAAGCAGGAGUACCUUCCCUUUGUGGCAGAUAAUAUACACAUAGACAAAUAUAUAUGUGCAUUUUUUAAAGAAGCUUACUACAUCAUUAGCAGGAGCAACACGGAGUACUUUUGUCAAGUGACAAAUUUGUAUCUACACAUUUAUGACCACAUCUUCAACAAGCUAAUAAAUAUCAUUUACGAAAAUGAAAUGAAUUUGAAUGACGAAUUUUUUCAGAUCUGUGAAUGUAUUCUCAGACCCUUUUUAUUUAUUUACGUUGAAUUAUUUAAUAAUUUUUUGGAAAAAUAUAAAGAGAAAAUAUUUAACGAACGAUUGAUGCUAUCCUUUGCAUUUAUUAAAAAGUAUCUUUUUAAAAGUUUAUAUGAGAAAGCUUUCCAACAGAAGGAUCUCUUCUACGUCAUUUAUCAAUUUUAUUUUUUGCUCUACGCUCUCAAAUACAACUUCCGAAACUUUUUAACUGCGCUCGUUAUGACCAAGCGGAAAGUAACACACCAACUUCAAUUAUUCCUUAAACUGAAAUAUCAGAAUUGCACAAAUAUGCCCAGCAAAUCACUAUCUCGCGAUGGAGGGAGGAAUGCUUUGCAAGACACAUCGCACGGAGAGGGAGAACACAACAGCAGUAGCACCAGCGAUGAGGGUAAUGAUCACAACUGUAGGCGUGGGCAGAGUCAAAAAAAGAAGGACCAGGAAGGGGGGCACACAAAGAACAAGCGUAAUAGGCAAAAAAAAAGACACCCAUCAGGAGAACAUCAAGAGAGUGAACAGUCGGACAACUACUCGUCAGAAAACUCAAUGGACAGUUCGCUCCAAAUCGUGGAGAACAGUUUGGAAAAGCCACAUAGCAAUGAGGAGAAGGAAAAAAAGAACAUAAUAAAUUUUUUUCAGAAAAAUUACUGGACACUGAAAUAUUUCGAGGCAAACACGGAAAAGAAGUUGGAUGAGUUCUGCUCCCCUGAUUUUAGCGUACCUUUGGUGAUGAAGGAGACGCCCAAGCUGAAGAAGCGUAGUGUUAGUAACAACCAAAGCGAUAAGAAAGAGAAAAGCACUGGUGAUGGCGGAAGCGCAGACGGACGAGAAGGGGCAAGCACGAAGGGGUACGACCCUACAAAAGACGAAGACCAAAAAGGGAGAUUCGUAAGAAAGUUACAUUCCUUCUUCGCCAAAAAAAAUGAAGUAGAUAAACUCAUCAAUGAGCUCUUUCUGAACAAUAAGGACAAUGUGUAUAGCAAAAUUUUAAAAACCAAUUUGGCAAUAAUAAAACAACUAGCUAACACCCGCAUGGAUGUACUCUAUCCCAUUUUUAACGCCAGUCUGGUGUUCCUAUUUGACGACUUUUAUUUCUUCAUCAUACAAAAUAUAAAAUUAGUCAUAGAGGGAAAGGAAAAAAAACUCUCCAAUCAUAAAAUAUUUUUAAAUAUGUCCUUCAUUUUACUGCACACAUUCGUGAAGGAUGUGAAGGUGGAGAAGUACCUCGUGUCCAUUUUUUACAUUUUAAGAUUGUCACUAAAUAAAAUUAGGAAAAUAAAAAUAAUAGAUCAACAGAAAACACAGGGAAAUAACGUCAACGAGGUAUAUAAUAAAAAUACGAAGAAAUUUGAAAAUAAUGUAAAAUAUUAUAACCUUAGGAAGGAUAAGGAUUUGGUAAAGGCGAACAUAUCGGAGAUGGAAGAAGAAAAUGAGAACUCGGACGAGUUGCAAAUCUCCGCUGAUAAAAGAGCCAUUUCUACACUGCACAAGAUUGAAGAAAAGGUAAAAUUGUACCAGAACAUUUUUUAUAUAUUUUUAAAAUUAGUUCAAAACAUUUUGAAGGAAAAUAACUUGUACUACAACUUCAAAUUCAUCAUUUAUGAUAUUUUAUUUUGCGAGUUUUCCAACAAAGGAAUCAUCUUCUCGUGCAUGAAGUGCAUUCUGGACAGGGCCAGGGUGGAGGAGGUUUACGCCUACAGCUUGGCGAUGCUCAGCGGGAUGGAGCAUGAAUUGGGGGGCGCAGAUAGCGCAGCGGACAACAUGACGAACAACGUAACGAACAAGGCAACGAACAAGGCAGCGGACAAGGCAACGAACAACAUGACGAACAACGGAACGAACAACAUGACUGACAGCAUGACGGACAACAUGAGUGACAACGUAACGGCUCCACCAAACCGCAGCCACCUCUCGCGCAUCCUGUCCACGGGGAAUUCCUUCAAAGUGAACUUCUUCGAACCCAGCCACGCGAGCAGACGAAAGGUUUCUUCCCUCUAUAUCAAUGUGAUAAUACUGUAUUUUAUCCUUACCCAGAAGAACAAGAACAACGAAAAAAGCAAACUGUACGACAACUACCUAAAGAUGAGUGUGGACGACUACUACAGCAUUGCCAACAAGGUACUGUGUCUUUUGUACACGAAGGAGGCACAAAAUGCUUACUACGAGAGAUACUUGAAAUAUUUAUGCUUAAAAAUUUUAAAAAAAAUUUACUGCCUCAUAUCUAUAAAAGAAGCAGACAUGUACUUAACACACCUGAAGGGGAACAGCGCAGAGGAUAUAAUUUUUGAAGAUGAAAAACUGAAAAAGAUUAACCGUUUUAAAGAGGAGCUAAUUGGUUUAUUUAGGAUUUUAUCAAAUUACGAAAUUAAGAAUUAUUUUGACAAGAAGAGUGGACAUAAAACAAGCUCAGAGGAGUACAAAUUUUUCUUUUUAAAAAAUUUAUCCUGUAAUAAUAAUGUAUUGAAGAAUGAUAAUGUCUGCUUCAUGAUCAGCUCCUUACUUUUUGUGUUCAGCCUAAGGUACGACAAGACAACUUUCUACAAAAUAGUGUACAUUAUUUUAGUAGAAAAAAAUGAAAACAAAAAUUAUAUUUUAGAAAAAGUAAUUUCCUCUGUAAAGAAAUUCAUCAAACUGGCAGAUACAUACAACUGUGUGCAUAAGGAAAAUAAAAGAAGGAAAAUAAGAUUACCCGAUCAUAUAACAAACUAUUCUGUCCUCUUGUAUACAGUCAGAACGAGCAUUCUUCUACUCCUUCUAAUGGACAGUAACAGUAUUAACAAACCAGCACUUGUUCAGGAAAAUUAUAUUACCUACCCGAACUUUCGAAGUUAUUAUAUAAAGAAGAAAAACAUUAAGAACUACUACACACAGUUAAACUUGUUGCUCUUUAGAAUUUUCUACAGUGAAAAAAUAUUGCCAUACUUCUUCAAAUUAUUUUUUAGUACAUUAUACCUUAUAUCUUUUAGAAAAUUGAACCAAAAUAAUUUUUACUUUUUCGAGAAGAUGAUGUUCAAUCUAAAGGAGGACGCAGAAAUUAGUCCGACGGGUGGAGCGGCAAAACAAGGGAAUCCCGCGGCUGCAGGGGAGAACGUACUCAACGGAAGCGAAGACAAAUCCUUGCAUCUACAGGAUGAUAAUAGUAUUAAUCUAAGUGAAAAGUCGAAGGGGCAAUCGUCCAACCAGACAGACGGGAAAAAUGACAAAGCCGACAAAAAAAAUAAGAAGGUGGGAAAAGAACAUGUGGGAGGCGAAAAGAAUAGAGACAGGGACAUAAAACCAGUGAAACGCAGUGCAGGAGUGAAGAGAAAACACCUGGAGGAGGAGAAAAAUUCGGACCAACUUUCAGAACAACUUUCGGAUGAACAUUCGGAUGAACAUUCGGAGGAUGUUCCCGAAGAGGAAAGCACCGCUUCCGAAGAAAUGAAUAAAAAUUAUCGGGCAAUUUUGCGAAGUCGUAAUGGGAAAACGACCAUGUUGAAGAAUAUGCAGAACGAAAAAACAAACCAUGUGGAUAAAAAGUACAUAAAAAUUGAAGACAGCUCGAGUAGCAACUCAACGUCUGACUCAGAUGUGUCUUUCAAAAUAGGAACAAAAAAGAAGAACACUCGAAAAAAUAUGGACGCAAAUAAUAAUGCUCCCAGUGGGAAAAAAAAAAGGAAGGUGCCUUCCAACAGUUCCGAAAAUACAACAACUGAGGAGAAGAAACGAACGCAGACAGGGACAUACCCACAGGAGAAGAUGCAAAAACAGACAUUUAGCAAGCGGGAAGAAGUUAAAGGGGAUAUGGUGGAUCAAACAGGUGGAUUGACUGUGGUGGAAGAAGAGGAUGAGAGAGACACUGGCGAAAGUCUAGGAGUGGGUGCACCAACCGGUGCUGCAACGGGGGAUGGAAGUGACUCCACGGAAAACUUUCAAUUCAACGGAUCGCUGUCCUUAAAAAUUUUAAACCAUUUCAUAUUUAUCUGCAAAGGCUUCCAUGAGGACUUGGAGAUCAAAAUAUACAACGGUGUAAUAGCAUGUUUAAAGGAAAAUCAAAACGACAAGGAAAAAUUGAAAAAUAUUUUAAGUCUUCAGUUCAGUGAAGACGAAAAGAAUUCCACGAAGUAUAAGAAGAAAUUGCAACUGCUGAGAAUUAUUCAGACAAAAAUUAUCUUCCUCACUUUUAUAAAAGAUAAUUUAAAAAAGAGGAAAUCGCUCAUAUCACGAAUGAGUGAAUUGAACUUGAAUAUUUUUAGAAACAAACCCAUGUUUAACAUUGAAUUAGAUUUCGUCUGA